UACACGCCAAGAGUCCGGCAAGUUUCGCUCGACCAUUUUCGUCCACUACCUUACCAACCAUCCCAAUGUUUGACUCUAAAAAGCAGACAUACCCCGCUGAAUCGAUGAAGUGCUAUCAAGAUGCCAAAGCUAGAGCUAUGGAAAGUCUUGCUCAAAACUAUGCCUUGAAACUGGAUGUAGUCAAACAGAUAGAAGAAUUCGAGAUCGCACGCCGAGAGUAUUUUGACAAUAAGCGAGGGUCAAAUGCUAUUUACUUGAUGGCGUUUACCGAGAUUUUGAAACGGAGCAAGGCUGAGAACACUCAAUAUCUUGAGUUUUUCAAUCGUAAAGUCGCAGCGGAAAAUACCUAUGUUAGGUGCAUCUUGGAAAUGAUAGAGGAGUCGGAAAAAUUGAAGCACGGAGGUGCCCACAAAUCCCCUUGUGAAAGGACAUCGGUAGAUCCAAAAAAGAAUGCACUUGAUGAUCUUAUGGCUGUGCAAGAGCACAUGGUGCAGCAAGUACAUAUUUUUGCGAAAGUCAUUGAAACGAAUAUUAUUCCCGUUCUUGAGGAAAUGAUCACCACAUUCAAUGCCUCUGAGGAGUCCAUUCUUCAAGAUGGCGGAACGUACUUGGAGGAUAUCGACGUAGCCGAAGACCACGUGCAGCAAGCCUUCAUCCAGUAUCGCGACCAAGCACAAGCUUUGGAAAAGAUGGGUAUGUCGGAGGGGCAGGAUUUAUGGAUAUAUGAGAUGCACUAUCGGAUGGCUGUUGUCAUUUUGCUGGAGACUUGGGAACUCUCUUCCACUGCCUUGACUGCAAUGUUUGCGCGAAUGAAGGACACAGAGAUGGCUAGGCGACAGGCAAUCCACUCGGCCCUCCAAACGUUGAAUGAAGAGCAGACGGCUUACUGGAGGAAACUCCCCCACCUAGGGGUGACGCUCUCCUCUUUGGUUCAAAGCCAUGCUACAGACCCACGUUUGAUCGAAAAGCAGAUUGGAGCCGAUAUUCGUAUGGGCGCGAAGCGAUUGGGACUGUCGGAGGAAGGUAUACAUCUCAAGGGUCAGAUUAUGGCGACCCGUCCCCUGCGCGUCUUUACACAAGCUUCGAUACAGUCUGCCAAUUUGGGAAAGACCUCCAGUUUUAACGAGUCCACAAUGGAACAUCGAAUCAAAUCAGGGUCCGGGAGCUUUCGUUGUGAGACCGAGGUGGUGCCGAACAAAAAAACUGCGAAAGCGAACAAGAAUAGGAGGAAGAAACAGGCCAAGAAAUUGUUUUCGCAGAGACUGGAUGGGCCUCUUCAAAGCCCCUUAAUCACACGAGCACAGAUUUUUGAACAGAAGAGUACUAAUGUUUUCACAUGUAAGAGGCAUGUUCUCGCUGUUAUGACAAUAGACAGCUACCUGCAUAUAUUUGAUCUUCCUCAAGUUUCAAUCCGAAGUCAGACGGUGGCCGCCAACACCGCAUCUCCUGCUGCGCAAGCCGCGCUAUACGGCCUAAUUAAGAGGCCGGAUCAUGUAAGCCGAGCGGUAGGACAUACCUCGUCCGUCAUCUCCAGCAAUGCCGUCUUCACCUCCGACAAAGAGGGCACCUUGAAGACUUUGGACUUAGUUUCUCCUCGUCUAACAUUAAAUCUGGCCCAGUGUGAGGCGUAUGUGAAAGGUGCGGCGAGCAAGAAAGACACUUGUCUUGAAAUUGUUGAGGUUGGAGCAGGGCUAGGCAGCAAAGGCUUCAAAAAGGUCUUGGAGGGUCUAGCCCACAGGCGUGUAGUCGUUCUUAAAGGGAACACCCAAGAAGAGCUAGAGGACUGGUGCGGGGUGAUAGAUGCGUGCAAAAGGAUGUUAAGAGCAGGAAGUCCUGCAGUUGUUGGUGCAAGGUGACUCGAUAUGACAUCUUGAUAGUACACAAACCCUUAAAAGGCUGUUUUCUUCGUAUUUGAUCGACCAAGGAAUGAGGGAUUUGGUACGAGCUUGAUCUUCAGUAUGUAUGAUUUUCAGAAAAUGUCACAAGGUUUAUCUCGCGAGUGUAGCAGAAGGCGCCAUGCAAGGUGUGAGGCUGAAUGAGGCAAUACGUAUAGAUUAAAUCUGAAAAUUCUUUUUUGUGAGUAAUUGUGCUCAGAAUAAAUGGAUCUAAAACUUGAAAAACACUACAAAUGUGCCUAAAUUACGUAUGAGAGUUCUACGAUAAAAGGACAUAAGAGGGCAUAAGCCAUCAAUGGCAGCACAAUUCUCUAA